UUACAAAAAUUAAACAUUCCUAAUUUGUUUGUUAUUUUGUUUAUUUAUUAAAAUUGCAGAUUAUGUUUUUAUUAUCUAAAAAUUUGUUAAAUUUAAUAAAAUAAAAACAUUAAUUUAUGCUUACAUGUGUGUAUCCGACAAAAAUGUGGUUCUCAGUUCAUAAAUCAGUGAUUUUUGUUUGUUGAUGUAUUUUUUUUUAAGUUUCUCAAUAAAACAAGUUUUUUUGUGUUAUAAAAUAAUUAUUAUUAAAAAAUGAAUACUCCUGGUUUAAGUAUAUUCCAAGGAGGUGGAAGUAUUCAUCUAGACAAUAGCAUAAAUAGAGCUGAGGAAGAAGAAGAUCUCGAGGAUAAGAAAAGGCGUGAUGAAGAGCUCAAUAAAGAUUUGCAAACAGCUUUUGACGAUCUAAUAGAUGAUGAUGAUAAUACAAUAGAUAGUUCUAAUUUUCAAUCAGAUUUAUUAGUUCAGAAUUCUGAUAAACAUAUAAUUCCAAAUGGAAUUCGAUACAUGGGAAUGCCUACUCAAAACGAUCGACAUCCACAAAAUCAUGUGCCAUGCAACAAUAUCAAUUUGCAGGAGGAAACGAUUCAGAAGUUAAAGAUGCUGCUGGAUUCAAAAACUCAUGAACUGGAAAAUGUAACCAGAAUUGCCCACGAAGAGAAGAAAUUGCGAGAAGACACUGAAAAACGUUUGGCCAUGUCUGAGGCAGAACGUGAACGUGCAAUACGCUCAAAAAAAUCUCACCACGAACUUUUGGUAGAAAGCAAAGAGAAAUGCUCCAAUUUAGAAAACACUAUUCAAAAUCUAAAAUCUGAAAUAAAAUCCCUAGAAGUUGAAAAUAACGAAUUGAAUGGAAAGUUAGAAACUUCUCAAAAUAUGCUUGCCGAUGUUCAACACAAAUAUAAUAUGGUUGAAAAAAAUAUUAACACAAAAAACGAUCGCAAUGUAGAAUUGAAUCUCAAGCGUGUUGAAGAACGGCAUCGGGCUGAAAUGGCCAUGUUGCAAGCACAUUUAGAUAGCACCACCAAUAAACUUGAGAAAAAGACUCUUGAAUUGGAAAACAUGAAUUCGCGUUAUAAAUCGUUACAGCAAAGCCAUGAAAAUAUGCUAAUUGAAAAAUCUUCAAAAAUAAGCGAGCUAGAUAGAUUAUUGACUGAAGCACAAAAACAAUGUGAAGAACUAAGGUGCAAGCAUGAUUAUUCCCAAGAAAAUGUUCGAUUACAGCGUUUAGUUGCUGAAUUGCAAAGACAAAUAGAAAAUAUGGAAGGAACUAUUGAAAAGCUACGAUCUCGUUUGGAACAAGCUACUGCUGAUAUUAAUGCAAUGGAUAGCGUUUUUCAACAAAAUUACGAAGAGAGCUUUAGACGAUUGAGUCAGACGCAAGGAAGAGUUGUAGAAAGCACUCCAUUAACCGGUGUAGAACGUGCCAAUAAUCUCAAAGAAGAACUGUGUCGAGCAAUGUCCAACUUAAAGAACAAACGAGAAGAAAUACGCGAAAUGCAAAAGGCAAUGGAUCGAAAGGAUCAUGAAAUAAAAUACUUAAAACAGGAAGAAAAUAGAGCUCUCGUUAAAAUCACAACGUGCCAGGAAGAGAACACAAGACUCAAAAACAAACUUAAAUUGAUCGAAGAAGAGUUAGAUGAGUUGAGGGCGAAAAGUGUUGAAGAUGAAAGGAAUUUAAAACAAACAGAAAUUCUAGAUGAAUUGAUGUGUUUAAAAGAAGAAAGAAAGUUUCUACAAAAUGAAAUUGAAAAUAUGAAACACCUUAAGCUUUGUAAGGAAGAUGCAGAAAAAGCAAAGGCUAAUAUGGCUAUUGAAUUACGUAUGCUGGAUUCAAAAGUCAAAGAUCUUCAAGUUGAUCUGGAAGAACUCAAACAAGAACGUGAUAGUUUAAAAGCGAAUUACAAGCAAAACGAAGAUCUACAAUCGGAUAUCGAAAGAUUGAGAUUUCGCCUUGAAGAUUCACAAAAAGAAUGUGAUCGUCUCAAAAAUCUGUAUGUUGAAAUAUCAAACGAAAAGGAGGCAAUAGCAAUAGAACUUAAAAAGUAUUUAAAAGCUGAUUUCUGUAAAGAUUUGCAAGAGCAGAGGGAAGAGUGUGCUAGUUUAAAUAAGGCAUUGAAAUUAGCUGAAAUAAAAUGUUCGGAAUUAACAAAAAUACUUGAAACUCAAAAAAUUUCAUAUGAAAAAGAUUUAUCUCAAUUAAGGGAAAAAUUGGAAAAUGAAAAGGCAGAUCGAUUAAACUCGAAUUUAAAAAAUUCUUCAAACAACUGUGCAAAAUGUAUUGAAUAUGUAGCAGAGUGUACAAAGCUGGAAAUUCAAAUUCUGAAACUUACAAGUCAGUGCACAGUAUAUCAAAAAGAAAUCGGUGAUCUUAACUAUGAACUCAAUGAAGCUAAAAAUCAUAUCGCAGAUUUAUCUGACAAAAUUGUCCUAAUCGAUGAAAGGGAAAAACUAAUUGUUGAACUAAAAGCAAAAGCUCAACAGUUUGAAGAAUACAUUAAACUCCAAAGCAGCUCUGGAGCUUCGUCACUCAAACAAACAGGAUCCGAAGAUAAAAGCGUUGAAACAUCCCCAGAGUUGGAAUCGAAAUUCAAUCGGCGCCAAGUCGAAUCCAAAGUUCGUGAUGAAAUGGCAAAAAUAUUUGCAGCAGAAAUAAGAAAUAACGAACAACGUUAUAAAGUGAAGACAGCACAGUUAGAAGAUGAACUAGAAAGUCUUCGAAAAAGUCUUCAAAAAAUUAACUCCGAACUGAUACAGCGACAUAAUGAAGUUCAAGUACUCAAACAUGCAAUUCUUUCAGAACGUGAAAAAACUGAAGAAGUUAUAGCAAAUAAAGAUAAAGAAUAUAAGGAAUUGUUUGAGAAACAAAAUCUUAUUUUACACAAAAGUCGUGAUGAACUUAAGUUGAAAACUCAAAGAAUUAACGAACUGCUUCGAGAGUUGGAUGAAAGAAAUCAUCAAAUAGAAGCUGAACGUCAAUCUAUGAAGGCUGUCAUGACUCAAUGGGAGGAACAACGUAGAAAAAGUGACAACAUCCAGUAUGAAUGGGAAAAUAAAAUUGAAGAGAUGAAAAGACUACAUGAAGCUGCUAUUGCUUCGUGGCAGACAAAGUAUAAUUCUGCAAAAAAGACAGCAGUUAAUUAUAAACGCUAUGCAGAGGAUAAAGAAAAUCACAUGAUACAGGAAUACAAUCGAAUUAAAUCUGAAUAUGAUGCAUCGCUGGCGAAGAUUGAAAUUCGUAUGAAGGAAGCUUUUGAAAAGAAAAGCAAAGAGAUGAAAGAAGCCAUAGCUGUUAUGGAGAAAAAUAAAGGUUACUCCAAGCCAAUUACUGAUGGAAUUAUUAAUUCGUAAUUAUUUAAUAAGAAAGUAGUUUUUUGUAAUUUAGUUUUAAUAUUUUAUAGACAUGAGCACUUUGUUUUCUUACACUUAUAUUCAUCAUAUAAUUUAUGACUUUUAUAAUAAAAGUUGCUAAGAUAGAA